CAAGUUCUCUCACCUUUAAGAUUCCAAAAACAACACCUGGUUUACCGUAGUCAAUGGUUAACACUUGACCAGCUUUAUAUAAUCCUUGCCCCGCUGGGCAGACUCUUCUGUUCAGCACCGGCCAGCUCCCGCCGCCACCAUGGCAAACUGGGAGCAGCUCCUAUGGGCUUAUCGCAAGUAUCUGAUGUCCGUCCUGUUUCCCAUCUUGCUGCUGCCCCUGCCCCUCCUGGUCCCGGGCAAGGAAGCCCAAUGUGCCUACGCCAUCAUCCUCAUGGCCCUCUUGUGGUGUACAGAAGUUCUGCCCCUGGCUGUCACUGCCUUUUUCCCUCUCAUCCUCUUCCCCAUGAUGUCCAUCAUGGAUGCAUCUGAGGUUUGCGUCGAGUACUUGAAAGACACCAACAUCCUCUUCAUCGGGGGCCUCCUGAUGGCCAUAGCUGUUGAAAAAUGGAACCUACACAAGCGCAUCGCUCUCCGUGUCCUCCUCUUCAUUGGCGUGAGACCAGCAUUUCUGAUGCUGGGCUUCAUGGUCGUGACGGCGUUCCUCUCCAUGUGGAUCAGCAACACCGCCACCACGGCCAUGAUGGUGCCCAUUGCCCAUGCCGUCCUGGAGCAGCUGCACAAAACCCCAGAGCAGAAGGAUGUGGAGGCGGGCAGCAACAACAUGGCAUUUGAGCUGCAGGAGCCCGAUGGCACCAUCGUCACAAAAGGAAUCCCUCAGCUGGACAGCAGUCCUAUCCCACCCCCAGGGGCAGCAGAAAACGAGCAGAAGAAGAGGGAGCAGCUCAGAUUGUCCCAAGGCAUGAGCCUUUGUGUCUGCUAUGCUGCCAGCAUCGGGGGCAUCGCCACACUGACUGGCACCACUCCCAACUUAGUGUUACAGGGACAAGUCAACUCGCUCUUCCCAGAUAACCCCAGCGUGGUGAACUUCGCUUCCUGGUUCGGUUUUGCCUUCCCAACCAUGAUCAUUCUACUGCUGCUAUCCUGGGUAUGGCUCCAGAUCCUGUUCUUGGGAUUUAACUUCCGGAAGAACUUCAACUGUGGAGGGAAGGGUCGGGAACAGCAGCGAGCAGCCUACCGCAUCAUCCAGACUGAGCACAGGAACUUGGGCCCCCUGAGCUUUGCCGAGGGUGCCGUCACCAUCCUGUUCUUCCUCCUAGUAGUGCUGUGGUUCACCCGAGAGCCGGGCUUCUUCAAAGGCUGGGGCAACGUGGCUUUUCCUAACAGCAAGGGAGAAAGCAUGGUCUCAGACGGUACCGUGGCCUUCUUCAUCGGCAUCAUCCUGUUUAUGAUGCCCUCGGAGAAUCCUAGCCUCUCCCUGGAAACAAAUGCUGAGGGGAAGUUCAAGGCCCCACCUGCCCUCCUCGACUGGAAUACCGUGCAUAAGAAAAUGCCCUGGAAUAUUGUCUUCCUGCUGGGCGGAGGCUUCGCCCUGGCCAAAGGCAGUGAGAAAUCAGGUCUGUCCAAAUGGUUGGGAGAUAAGCUGACGCCUCUAAACAGCAUCCCUUCUCCGGCCAUUGCCUUCAUCCUCAGUCUCCUUGUGGCCACCUUCACCGAAUGCACCAGCAAUGUGGCCACCACCACCCUCUUUCUGCCCAUCCUUGCUUCCAUGGCCCAGGCCAUCUGCCUCAACCCACUCUAUGUUAUGCUCCCCUGUACCAUGGCAGCCUCUCUGGCCUUUAUGCUUCCUGUGGCCACACCGCCUAAUGCGAUUGUCUUCUCCUUCGGGCAGCUCAAAGUGUGUGAUAUGGCUAAAGCAGGAUUCCUUCUCAAUAUCAUCGGCGUGCUGACCAUCUCCCUGGCCAUCAACACAUGGGCCUACCCCAUCUUCAAACUGGACCAAUUCCCGAGCUGGGCCCACCCCAACAUUACCUCUUGCCAAGUCAAUGGCCAGUUCAACUCAAGCGGUUUCUCCCCUUAAACCUCCCCGGGGAAGGAGUCGGCUCUGAGAAACAAGGGGGAUCUUGGCUGGACACAGACUCCAGGUCCUUUCGACCUAGGUGUGCCUGGGCAGGGCUGGAGAGGGCAAAGAAGUCGUCCCAGCGUUAGUGUGUAGUGUACAUAUGAGUGUGCGUGUGUGUGAGAGAGAGUGUGAGUAUGAGAGUGUGAAUGUGAGUGUGAGUGUGAGUGUGUGUGAGUGUGAGUGUGUGAGAUAGCCAAAUGAGGGUAUUUGUGUCAGUCUCAAAAGACAUGGCCACGGCCCCUUUGGACUAUAUUUAUUGACUCUGGGGAGGGUCUGGUGGGAAGUUCCCAGGCUGCUGAGGGACUUGAAUUUCAGCCCCUCUGGAAGGAGUUAAGCAAUUCCAGCACCCGGCUGGACAGCUCCUCCCUUGAAGAGUCUGGGGGUGGGGUGGGGUGGGAGAGAGGAUUCGCCACAUUAAAGACUUUUCUGUGUUGUAGAUUGUUUGUGCUGGAGUAGGAGACUACCUCAGCAUCUCUCUCCGACCAGAGUUCGGCCCCGGAGUUCUGGGAGCUCGGACGGCUGGGGAGGAGGGGAGAGGGAGCACUUUGUCCUGCGGCUGGAGACAUCCUUAUUCUAGUCAGGAGACUUUUAGGAGACAGCAGAGAUCACUGGGAAGAUUCUGGCUCCCCUCGAAGGAUCUGGAUUCAUAUCUUGCCUUUGCCAUUUAAUCCCUGGGGCAAUUGAAGCAAACCACCACUUCUCCGGGUGUCAGUUUAUCUCCUAGAUGGCCCUCGAGGUCCCUUAAUUUCUUUUAUCUUACCUUUUUUUUAAUCUCAGGAGAUUGAAUUUAAUGAGUUUUUUUAAUAGUAUUUUAUUUUUCCAAAUACAUGUAAAUAUAUAGUUCUCAACAUUCAUUUUUUGUAAAACUUUUUCUUCUUCCCUCCCUUCUCCCUUCCUCCCUAAAACUGCAAUGAUCUGAUAUAGGUUAAAUAUGUGUGAUUUUUUUUAUAUCUAUAUAAAAGCCAUUAUAUAUGUAUAUAGAUAUAAUAGCUUUUUAUUUUUUAAAAUACAUGCAAAGAUAGUAUUCAUCAUUCACCCUGCAAAACCUUAUAUUCCCUAUUUCCCCCCCCCCCUGCCUCCGUCCUCACCUAGACAGCAAGUAAUCCAAUAUAGGUUAAACAUGUGUACAAUUUUUUUGAACAUAUUUCCAUGUUUGUCGUGUUGUGCGAGAAAAAUCAGAUCAAAAUAAAAAAAAAAAGAUAAAACAAACAAACAACAACAAAAAGGUAAAAAUAUUAUGCUUCGAUCCA